AUGGCCCAGUCACAAAUCACAAGAGGCCUUCUAGAGAAGGCGAAUGUGGCGCAAGAUAUCUUCAAAUUGCGCCCAGACUAUCGUGUCCUGCUCAUGGUUGUUGAGGGCAUCUCUCCCGGACCCAGUGACGAAGCCAGCGAGUCCCUUCUCAAGGAAGCCGAGUCCUCAAGGCGCGAAGCCUACAAAGCCUUCGGUGCAAAGCCGCAAAAGACCCAAAACAGUCUGGAGGCAUUGACUCGUCGCGCAAAAAAUGGUCUACCCAGGGUCAAUCGGCUGACCGACAUCUACAAUGCCAUUUCGAUCAAACAUCAAAUUCCAUUUGGCGGUGAAGAUCUUGAUAAAUACAACGGAGCGCCAUUCUUGAUCCGCGCCACCGGACAGGAGCAAUUCCAAACUUUCUCCAGUGGGGAACCGACCACAGAACUUACUGCCCCUGGGGAACCUAUAUGGUGCGACAAUACUGGCGUGACCUGUCGUCGCUGGAACUGGCGACAGGGUCCCCGUACUGCGUUGAGCGAUGAUACCACUCGCGUGCUGUUUAUCUUGGAUGCAUUGGAGCCGCUCUCUAACGAAGUUCUUCUCCACGCAGCCGACGAGCUUGCCUCGGAGCUGAAGAAGACUUCUCCGGAAGCGCGGGUCUCGCAGCGGCUUAUUGGUGCAUCGGUGUGA